GCUGGCUCAUUCCUAUGAAGAUUUAGGGUGUUUCAAGCACUAUGAAAUGUUACUGGACAUUCAGAAUGUCUUUAAGGAGCCUCGUGGGGGUCUCUCUGGGCUUGCAAAGAAAAUACUAGGGGCUGGAUUGAACAAGACAAGACGAAACAGUAACUGGGAACAACGUCCGUUGACUCGGAAUCAGCUGGAAUAUGCUGCUCUUGAUGCUGCUGUGCUUAUUCCCAUAUUUUGUCAUGUUCGUAAUCGUUCUCAGACUGACGAUGUCGAGGGACAUGAAAAAAUCGAGUGGAAGUCCUACAUUGUUUCACAUAUGGAUAACCCCAAGAAGCCCAAAAGGCAAAGUGGAAGAGAUCAGAAAUUAGAAGCUGAUAGAAAGUUGCACUGAUGAUCCAGUUGGUAGCAUAGUAAUUAGUAUACUCCGCUGUAAAUAUAUCUUUUUAUUGGACGGUGAUGAACAAUGAUAUUUAUGUGAAUAUUUUUCACUCACUAGGAGCAAUGGAAAUGACUGGCCUGCUG